AUGGCGGCGCCGGUGGGCCCAGCUCGGCACUCGCAGUCCAGACUCGGACCCUCCAUCAGAGCUCAGCCACUGACACUGGCAACAGCCUGGUUCCUUGCCAGACAGAAGAGCACAGCCGUGGCUGUUAAGAAUCCGUCCCUGCCGAGCAGCAAAGGAGAGUGGGUGAUCACCAAGAUCGAUGACCUCGUCAACUGGGCCCGCAGGAGCUCGCUGUGGCCCAUGACCUUCGGGCUGGCGUGCUGCGCGAUGGAGAUGAUGCACAUGGCCGCUCCGCGCUAUGACAUGGACUGCUUUGGUGUGGUGUUCCGAGCCAGCCCCCGCCAGUCUGACGUCAUGAUCGUCGCCGGGACCCUUACCAACAAGAUGGCCCCCGCCCUGAGGAAGGUGUAUGACUAGAUACCAGAGUCACGCUAUGUGAUCUCCAUGGGAAGCUGUGCCAAUGGUGGUGGGUACUACCAUUACUCCUACUCUGUGGUGCGAGGCUGUGACCGCAUCGUGCCAGUGGACAUCUACGUUCCAGGCUGCCCCCCAACAGCGGAGGCUCUUCUGUAUGGCACCCUUCAGCUCCAAAAGAAGAUCAAGCGCGAGAAGAGGAUGAGGCUCUGGUACCGAAAGUGAGGGGAAAGCCGGGACCUGGGUUCAACUUUUUAUGAACGACUUCGCCACAGGGAGGCGCUGUGUACAUUAUCUAUACUGUCAGUACAACUGUGUUUAUUACUGGACAUUGUGCCAGUCCUGUUGAGUAUUACAUUGAAUAUGUUAUUCUGAUACUGCAUUUUCAUUUAUUAUAGACUAUGCACUAUACCAGGUUUUUUUUGUUAAUACCUUUGUGACCAGAGCGCUAAAGAAAUUAUGUGACUACACAAAGUUCCAAGAAGUGGAAGACUUACACAACAUCUGUACAGCCUCUCAUGAAGCAAUAUCUUGACACACACAGCAGCUGCUGUAUCUGUUGUUUAUUUGAUAUAGAUAGCCAGGGUAGCCGUUCAAGGCCAUAAUCGUUAAACAUGCUGGCAAGCGUGUCUGAAAAAGAUCUACACAAAGUGCAACUUUCAUUGUGCGAAAGCUUAUCAAGACUUUAGUUGAGGAGUGCAGGGAAGGUAAUUAUUUGUUACACCUCCCUGCAUGAUCUCAUUAAGUGGUUGUUUUCUCUCGAAUGUACAUCUGUCACAGGUACGAUUUUAAACGGAUCUUGAGGAUAGGUAUUCAGAUUUUCAUCUUAGAAUUUCACUGGUUUUUGAUGAGCUGGUAAGGAACGAUAAAGACUUGGUCUGGAGGCAUCCUAUCAACUCCACUUCAGAACAAAAACAAAUAUAGACUUCUAGAAAGUGAGAAAGAAAAGAUUUGCACCAGAAAUGUUUUUUGUUUUAUUAUUAUUAUUAUUAUUUAUUAUUAUUAUUAUUAUUAUUAUUAUUAUUAUUAUUAUUAUUUCUUGAAAGUUUCCAAACUGUUUAAGAAAAGUCACAACGGGGAAUUGUUCUGGAAACCCAGAACAGAGUUUGUGGUGUCUUCUAGUGCAUCUCCUUUUCCCUAACAAUUGGGAUCCAUCAAUUUUUUUAAGAGUGGAUUUAAUUUAUUUCAAAAGAAGAAUGGCAGGAAAUGAAUUCACAAGUCUAAUGCCUGAGAGUUUGUCCUGAGCUACUCUUUGGUUGGUUUCACAGCCUUGGUUAGCACUAACAUCAGACUACCGAAAGUUAGCAGUAGACCCAGUUUGAUAAACCAUCUGUUAAUGUCCAACAGUUGGAACUAAGCAACACUAAUAAGCCCUGUGCAGUUUUGUACAGAUUAAUGAUGGAUUAGUUACAGUGGUUGUAAAACACAGCACAGGUGUUGGAAAGAGAAGAUUCCAGAGGUAAAGGGGGUUCGAAAGGGUUGGAAUUAUUGGUUCACCAGUCACACAGUGAUUACUAGGUUACUGUUUAAUCAAGCUAGCACUGCAUGGGAUAACCACACAAAUAGGAACAUGAUCUCUCAUUUCUAUAAAUUGUUUUCUGUGACUGUACAGUUGCUACUUGGUUUCAUAUAUAGAUACAGGGUGCUGGAGAAGAUGCAAAUGCAAGAUGUGGAACUGGAUUACUAUACAAGAUCUGCUGCUGUAGCCAUCAAGACCUUUUGAGAGGGUUCCAAUGGACCGUCUA